AUGCCAAGGGGAAAUUUUCGUGAAAAGAACAUAAGAAUUGAUAUUGAAGAAGAUGAAGAAAGUGAUAAUUUGGAAGAUAGUGAAGAUGAUGCAGAGGAUGAAUAUUAUGAAAAUAAAGAGGGAAAUUAUGUUAAUAUUUAG